CUUUUGGUCACGUGACCAAGAGAAAAUCGACACCACGGAACCCAGAGUCCUAAGAGUUUACACUGGGAAGUGAAUCAUCUUUAAGAACUCCUAAAGGGAAGUCAAAACAUGCUACCGCUCUACAUGGUCACCCUCCUCCUGUUACCAUGGAUUCCAGCAUUCCUAUCUAAGGUUACCACUGAGCAAGAGUUCACAGUCCUAGAGGGCGACACUCUUACAAUCCCUUGCCACUAUGAGCCCCAGUUUGCCAGCUAUGUAAAGUACUGGUGCCAGGGGAGGACCAAGGAAUUCUGUACCACGCUGGCUCGGACCGAUGACCACCACCUCGUAAAUCCAGCUGACAAUAAAGUGAGCAUUUUUGAUGACCCAGUUCAGCUGGUGUUCACCGUGACCAUGAAGGACAUGAAGGAGGAGGGAUCUGGCUGGUACAUGUGUGGCGUGGAGAUUGGUGGUAUGUGGAGCGCUGAUGACACAACUUUUACCAACAUUAAAGUCAUACAUGGUAUGUCAGCUGUGAACAGCAGGAUGAGUGGAGCGGAGGGGGGAUCUGUCACAAUUGAAUGCCUCUACAGUGAGAGAUACAGAGAAAGUGAGAAGAAAUGGUGUCGGAGUGGUGACUGGAGAUCCUGCCUGUCGACAGGUUCUGACGGGAGUUAUGAAGAUUCCUCCGUGGCCAUCAGAGAUGACAGAACUAGGGCUUUCACCGUAACCUUUAAGAAGCUGCAGAUGAAACAUACAGCUUGGUACUGGUGUUCUGCAGGGCAGCAGAAGAUAGCUGUACACUUGCUGGUCACACCCAAACCCACCACCAUCCCACCUGUAACAAAUCAGUCCUUUCCUAACCUGCCCCCAGCCAAACCCAUCACGAGGGAGACCUGGAGCAAUCACAGUCCCAUGUUGCUUUCUGUGGUGGUCUGUUCAUCUGUCAUUUUCUUGGUGGUCGUGGCCAUAUUGGCUAUUAAGUUCUGGAAGAUGCACAAGACGGAUAGAGUUCCAAGAGAAGUCGAGGAGAUGAAAGCUAAGUUCAGUGGCUACUCAAGAGAUGCGGGCGACUUCCAAAGUGGUACAGUGUUUUUCCUUAACAAGGAAUCCCAGGAUGUGCACGUGUACUGAGAUCCGACUCUGUAUGACGUACUGUUACUUAACGAAUGUAUUCUUUAUUUCACUCUGCUGUUCAGAGCACGCACUCUCAAUAUCAGUAUUCUUUUUAUAUGUUAU